AUGCAGCGCAAGCUGCUGGCCCUGCUUGUGCUGUUAGCGCUCCAUGGCGGAGCAGGAGAUGCGGGCAGGGGCGAAGAUGCUCACGAGUAUCGCGACAACAUGGUGAUCCGGAAGCUGCCAGCCGACGUGAAGAGGAGGCUCGAGGAAGCGAAGAAGUUGGAGGGGACGGACUGGGAGGGAGUGGCGUCGGCAUGCUUGCAGAUCGGCCGAGAGGACCUGUCAUGGCGCGUCCUGUCGAUGAUAGCGCGCAUGAGGAAGGACGCGUAUCGCUGUCCUUCCGUCUUCUACAGCUCCUAUGGAUGGGUCGCUUCCUACUCCAUCGAUCCGACAGCAUCGCACCCUCCAGUUCUCUGCAGCUGCAUGCGUCCCCCCGCUCAAAACGUCAACUUCCUGCAGACCGGCACAACACUUGAGGAGGCACUGGCGCGAUAUGCUGAAUUUCACCGCUCAGUCUACUUCGCUGACAGACCCCCCGACGAUACAAGAGCGCUCGUGACUGACCCAAAGCAGCUGCGGCAUGGUACACCACACCCAGCAGCCGUCAUGCUCUACUCCUCCUACUCCUCCUUCUGGGGUCUGAUCAGCAGGAGAGAUGCGACGUACCCUCUCGGGCGUCUGUGCGAUGUAGCCGACGACCAUGUAGCCGCGAGCUCCUUGCGUUGCGAUGCGGUGCUGAGCUGGGAGCAGGCGAGCCGAGUACUGGGACAUCGGGAGUACCGACUGAUGGGCUGCAUGAUGAGGGUUCGGGUGCUUGCUCGCAGCAAAUACGGCGAGAGGGAGGGCCCCGUUGCCCACACUGGCGAGCAGCAUGCUGCAAGGGGAGCAAGUGCAGUAGACGCGCAGGGGAGACCUCGUGGGGAGGACGGGGUAGAAACUGCCAUGCUCGACUGGUGGAUGCUCGGCAGAGCACAAGACGCGGUCCUAACGGACAUGUCCUCGUUCGGGUACUCGGCAACAGCCAGGUCGCUGUUCAACACAACGAUGCCCAUCACCAUCAAGAAGAACUCGGAGAAGCAAAUGUCUAAUGGUUUGAUGAAGAAACUCUUGCAGACAGAGUAA